AUGUCUACAAAUGAAAGAACUAAUAUAUCUGUAAGAAAAGCAAGAAGGGAAGAUAUGAAAGAAGUUUAUGCACUACUGAAGGGGCUAGCAGAAUUUGAAAAUCUACUGGAUCAAGUGAAAAUCGACGAACAUACCUUGGAAAGAGAUGGGUUUGACACUGAUAAUCCACUUUUUGGGUGUUUUGUAGCAGAAAUGUCUGAUGGUCCCUUAGUUGGUUAUGCCCUCUAUUUCCAUUCUUACUCAACUUGGGAAGGAGCAUCCAUAUUACUGGAAGAUAUUUAUGUUCAUCCAGAUUACAGGAAAAACGGAGUCGGCAAACAACUGUUUCUGGCUGUUGCUAGAGCAGCAAAAGAUAUGGAUAUGAAGAGAAUUGAUUUUCAUGUACUGUCUUGGAACCCUGCUGUGGAUUUUUAUAAAAAAAUGGGAGCAGUUAAUCUAACACAAAAAGAAGACUGGAAUUUAUUCAGAUUAGACCAUGAAAGUAUAAAUGCAUUAUUUCCAUGA